AUGGCGACGACAAGCAGGUCAUCAACGGGAAGACAUCAUUUGACUUUCUUCUUCCUCCUGAUUCUUGUAGCUGUUCCUGUCUUCGGUCUUCUUCCUUCUCUGUCCUCUCCUCAGUUUCUGCCACUUGCUUUUCCUCGCGACGAGAAGAAUUUUUAUAUAAAAGAUGACAUGUUCUGGAAAGAUGAGAAUCCUUUUCAGAUCAUUGGUGGCGAUUUGCACUACUUCCGCGUUCUUCCUGAGUACUGGGAAGAUAGGCUUUUAAGAGCUAAGGCUUUAGGUCUGAAUACUAUACAAAUGUAUGUUCCUUGGAAUCUGCACGAACCAAAGCCUGGGGAAAUGGUCUUUGAGGGUAUUGCUGAUGUUGUGUCCUUCAUCAAGCUGUGUCAGAAACUAGAUUUCUUGGUUAUGCUGCGUGCUGGACCUUAUAUCUGUGGAGAAUGGGAUUUGGGUGGUUUUCCAGCUUGGUUACUUGCCGUGAAACCACCUCUCAAACUAAGGACAUCAGAUCCUGCUUACCUUAAGUUGGUUAAAAGAUGGUGGGAUGUUUUAUUUCCAAAGGUAUUUCCUCUGCUUUACAGAAACGGAGGUCCUGUUAUAAUGGUUCAGAUUGAAAAUGAAUAUGGUUCAUAUGGAAAUGACAAAGUUUAUCUUCGUAAUCUAGUUACAAUGGCUAGGGAACACCUGGGGGAUUACAUUAUUUUGUAUACAACAGAUGGAGGUACAAGAGAAACUCUUGAGAAAGGAACUCUCCCCUUAUCUGAUAUCUACUCAGCUGUUGACUUCAGUACGGGUGAUGACCCUUGGCCAAUAUUUGAACUGCAAAAGAAGUUUAAUGCGCCAGGAAGAUCACCUCCACUUUCCUCAGAGUUCUACACUGGUUGGCUUACGCAUUGGGGUGAGAAGAUUUCAAAAACAGAUGCUGAAUUCACAGCAUCUUCUCUUGAAAAAAUAUUGUCUCGAAAUGGUUCUGCUGUGCUAUAUAUGGUGCAUGGAGGAACAAACUUUGGUUUCUACAAUGGAGCAAAUACUGGCUCUCAAGAAUUUGACUACAAACCAGAUUUGACAUCCUAUGAUUAUGAUGCUCCCAUCAAGGAGUCUGGUGACAUAGAUAAUCCAAAAUUUCAAGCUCUCCAGAAAGUGAUCAAGAAGUACAAUGGAGCACCAUACUCCAUAAGCCCAUCUAAUAAUCAACGGAAAGCGUAUGGCCCUAUCAAAAUGCAGAUGACAACAUCUAUGUUUGAUUUACUUAGUAUGAUAGAUCCUGCAGAUGUGACAUAUUCUCCAAACCCAAUUUCAAUGGAAUCUGCAGGGCAGAUGUUUGGAUUUCUUCUAUAUGAAUCUUCGUACACCGCAAAAGAAAGUGGGAAUAUACUCAGAAUACCAAAGGUUCAUGACAGGGCUCAAGUGUUUAUUUCAUGCAUUUCACAAGAUGUUAAUGCAGGAAUGCUGAGAUACGUUGGUACAGUUGGGAGAUGGAACAACCAACCUGUUUCUAUUCCAACAAAUGAGUGUACCUCUAACACCAGCUUAUUUAUCCUGGUUGAAAACAUGGGUCGAGUGAAUUAUGGGACAUAUCUCUUCGAUGAGAAGGGUAUUCUGUCCUCGGUUUCUCUAGAUGGUCAAAUUCUCCAUGGAUGGAGGAUGAUACCUAUUCCAUUUCACAAGUUGAAUCAAAAUCCAAAUCUCAGUUUCGAGAUGCAACAAACGAAAAAGAGAAGUGAGAAGCUCGAGCUUACUAAUGAUGUUAGUCAAAAGGAACCAGCUUUGUUUGCUGGUGAGUUCUCUAUCAACAGUGUAGAAGAAAUCAAAGACACAUAUCUAUCAUUCAGGGGUUGGGGUAAAGGAGUUGCUUUUGUCAAUAACUUCAACAUCGGAAGAUAUUGGCCGUCUGUUGGACCACAAUGCAACCUCUACGUUCCUGCACCACUCCUCAAGCCUGGCCAAAAUUAUGUGGUAAUUUUCGAGCUGGAAUCUCCACGUGUCGACCUUUGGCUGGAGGCAGUGGAUCAGGAAGACUUCACAUGCGGUUCAAAAGUUAAUCAGUUGUAG